UUGAGACUUCACAAUUUCUUUAUUUUUUCAACUGUCGUCAAAUGCGUUACAUAUUCACGUGAAAGUUACCAUAGGAGGCAAUUAUAUACAUAAACAGAAUAUCUCAAAUUCAAAGAGCAUUAUGAAAUCGACAAUAACAAUGACUCCCUGGAAAUUUGAUGAGCAAAUGAUAAUGUUCCCCCUUGUUCUACUUGUUAUUGUUUGUAGCCAUCCCACAGUGAACGGUUUCGAGGUUUUUCUUAUCAACAACUUGGGUGGCAAUACAAAUCUCGCCGUUCACUGUUUUUCGCCGCAGGUCAAGAAUUUGGGCAGUCUUGUGAUACAUCCGGGAGACGAUUUUCAUUGGGAAUUCGGCAUCAACAUCGGCACCACCGCUGAAUAUGAAUGCGACAUGGGCUACGGAAACAAGCAAAAACGAUUCCAAGUGUUUGCGGAACGAAGAGAUGCGUUGAGAUGUGGAAACCAAAAAUGUUAUUGGCGUGUUGAUCGUGAUGGCUUGUAUCUUUAUAUUAAGGAGGUCGAUGAUUAUCAGAAACAAUUUUCUUGGUAAUGAAAAUGGCCUCUCUUUGGCUUUCAAGUUAAAUAAAUAAAAAAUAAAAAUAAAAAAAAGCAAAGUUUCAGUUUA